GUUCUGUCUUGUUUGUUUACAGAAGCUUUACUUUCUGCUCAUUUUUACUUGUACCUUUUUCUUCUGCUUUUGUUUUGAUUUCUGUUGUGGCUGUGGUUUUUCAGUUUACUUGCUCUUUGCUCUCUCAAUGGACUUUGUUAUUGCCAUCGUUAGCUCUAUUGUCGCUAAAGCUGCGGAGUAUACGAUUUCUCCUAUCAUAAACCAUGUCAAAUACCUUUCCAAUCAUCAGCAAAAUGUUGAGACCCUCAAGCACCAAGCUGAGAAGCUGAAAGUUGCAAGGGACAGAGUGCAGCAUUCUGUUGAUGCAGCUUCACGAAACGGCAAAGAGAUCGAAGGUUAUGUUGACAAAUGGUUGUCUGCAGUCGACACAAAGAUCCUUGAACAAGUAGAGAAAGUGACGCAAGAUGAAGAAAAAGCAAAGAAAAAGUGUUUCGUUGGUUUGUGUCCUAAUUUCUGGACUCGUUACAAGCUUAGCCUGAAAGCUGCAGAGGAGGCGAAGGCUGUUGCCGAGCUACUUGAACAGGGCAAGUUUGACGAGGUUUCUUAUCCUGUGCCUCUGCAAGGUAUCACUAUCACACCAUUUAAAGGGUACGAGGAUUUUGAGUCAAGAAAGUUGGUUUUGAAUGGAAUAAUGGAGGCACUAAAUGAUGAUAGCGUCAGCGUUAUUGGGGUGCACGGUAUGGGUGGGAUCGGAAAAACAACGCUAGUCAAAGAAAUCGCUAGAAAGGUCAAGGGCAAUUUAUUUGAUUCGGUUGUCAUAGCAACAGUAACUCAAGCCAUUGAUAUUGAGAAAGUUCAGAACAGAAUUGCAGAGUUAUUGGGCUUGAAAUUUGAGGAACAGAGUACUGAUGUAAAGGCACUUCGACUACGAGAAAGAUUGAAGAAAGAGAAGAGGGUUCUGGUUGUCUUGGAUGACAUUUGGGCCAAGGUUGAUAUUGAGGAAGUUGGGAUCCCUUUGGGAGAUGAGCACAAGGGAUGCAAGUUGCUGCUAACUUCUAGAGAGCUAAAUGUUUUAUCAAAUGGGAUGGAUGCUCAGAAAUAUUUUUUUGUUGGGUUUUUAAAUGAAAACGAGGCCUGGGACCUGUUCAAGAAGAAGGCUGGCGACUGCGUUGAAAGUUGUGAUUUGAAGCCUGCAGCUAUGGAGGUAGCCAAAAAAUGUGCAGGAUUGCCCAUAGCCAUUGCGACAGUUGCAGGGGCUUUGAGAAACAAAAGAUUGUUUGAGUGGAAGAAUGCUUUACGAGAACUAGAGAGGCCUUCAUCAAGCAACUUCACGGGGAUAGCUGCAGCAUAUUCAGCUAUUGAGUGGAGUUUUAAUUAUUUAGAAAGUGAGGAAGUUAAGCUGACUUUCUUGCUUUGCUGUGUAAUAGGCCAUAAUGGUCUGGUUGAGAAGUUGAUGAGAUAUACUGUGGGUUUGGGUUUAUUUGGUGGUGUCAACACUAUGGAAGAAGCUAGAAAUGAAGUAUUGACGGUUGUGGCUAAUCUCAAAGCGUCUUCCCUGCUGCUUGAUAGUUAUGAUGAUGAGCACUUUGAUAUCCAUGAUGUUGUUUGGGAUGCUGCUUUAGCUAUUGCAUCGAGGGACUACCAUAUGCUUGUUUUGAGAGAUCAUAUUCCAAAGGAGUGGUCCGAUAAGGCGAAAAUGAACAGCUUGAGAGUGAUAAGCUUACCUUGUCCUCAAAUUGUAGCCGAGCUUCCUAAGGAGAUGGAGUAUUCAGGUCUUUCCUUUUUCCAUAUGGCCCCUGAUGAUUCAGUGGCAAUUCCUCCCGAUUUUUUCAGACGAAUUGAAAGGCUCAAAGUCUUGGAUUUACCUUCAUAUUCCUAUCUACCUGAGUCAAUUAAUCACCUCAUAGAUCUUCGCAUGUUAUGUCUAGGAGGAUGUCUAGUUGAAGACAUAACCAUCAUUGGAGAGCUCAAAAAUUUAGAAAUCCUCGACCUUGCUUUCUCAAGGAUCAAAGAACUACCCAAGGAGAUAGCACAAUUGACUCGGUUAAGGUUGUUAGAUUUGACUGGGUGUAGAAAACUCAAAAUCAUCCCACCAAAUGUCUUAUCAAGUUUGUCUAAAUUAGAAGAAUUAUAUAUGGAGGGAAGCUUUGUUGAAUGGGAAAAUGAAGGAGUAGUUGACAACGAGAGGAGAAAUGCAAGCCUGGAUGAAUUAAACAAUUUGUCUCGUCUAACUACUUUAUAUGUUCGUAUUUCUGAUAUCCAAAUGAUUCCAAAGCAUCGAUUUAUUGAGACAUUGAACAGAUACAGGAUUAUUGUAGGUGAUCAUCCUAUAUCCAACUGGCUCCCAAGACAUGAAUGUUCAAGGACAUUGGAGCUCUAUUUAUAUACAAACAUUUGUUUGGAUAAUGGGGUGAAAAUGUUGCUGGGAAAGGCUGAAUAUUUGCACCUAGACCUAAAAGGUCUUGAAGGCAUCAAGAAUGUACUUGCAGAGUUAAAUAAAGGGAACGAUUUUCCACAUUUACAGAAUCUUCAUGUCGAAAAUGGUAUGCAGGUGCAAUAUAUCACAUUGAACAAAAUUGAGUUUUCUGAAUUACGUUUCAUAACACUUGAGUGUCUGCCGCAACUUAUUAGCUUUUGCUGUCAAGAGGAAAGGUGUUCCACGAGUUUUGAGCCCCUACCACUUUUCAUUAAUCAGACAUAUCAUUGGAGUUCGAAUUUGAGGAGGUUGAUCAUCACUAGAUGCGGCAAGUGGGAGCACCUGUUAUCACCCUCUGUCGCCAGGAGUCUGGUGCAGCUCCACCGCUUUGAGAUAGUGGGUUGUGAGUCCUUAAGGGAGAUAAUAUUUACAGAGGAAAUAGAAGAAGAAGAAGAAAUGAAUAAUGUGAUUUGUUUCCCCCGAUUAAACUUUCUGCGUAUGAAUUACCUUCGAAACCUCAUCUCCUUCUGCUCAGGAAAUUAUAAUAUCGAAUUCCCUUUGUUGAAAGAGCUAAAUAUUGUGGGUUGCCCGAAAUUAAAAGAAUUCAUUAGUGAAAGCAGUAUUGUGUCCGGCAUGCAUGCUCUCUUCAAUGAGAAGGUUGCAAUUCCAAGCUUGGAAAGGAUGACAAUCUCCGAGUUGACAAAAGCGAAGAUGAUAUUUCAUAAUGAGCUAGCACCAGAUUCUUUUCAAAAUCUACGAGAAUUAAGUGUUUCAGACUGUGAGAGUCUAAAAAAUCUAUUUCCAGCGUUAAUAGCCAAACAUCUUCCGCAACUUGAACAUUUAUGGAUAAGACGGUGUGGGGUGGAGGAGAUUGUAUCGGAAGGGGAAGGUGUAGAGGAGCAGCCUGUGAGUUUUGAGUUUCCCAAAGUGUCUUCCCUUACGGUUGACCACUUAGAAAAGCUCAAAUGUUUCUAUAAAGGGCAACAUACAAUUGUGUGGCCAAUGUUGAAAAAUUUGACCACGGACUGUUCUGCUUUGCUAAUGAUAGUGGGUUUAGAAGAUGUUAGAAUCCAGGAAACGAAGGGAAAUGGGGAGGCAGUAUUGUUGGUUGAAGAGGUCAUUCCCAAUUUAGAGACACUUGAGUUACGAAAUUUUAGUGAUACGGAUCAAUUUCCAUCGGAUUUGUUCCCUCGCAUUAAGGUUUUUGAAGUGGGUGGUGGCUUCCAUAGUGGAUCUUCUUAUAUAUUUCCUCUUGUCCGAAGAUUCUACAAUUUGGAAACUCUAAAUUUUAGUCAUUUUGAUUUCAAACAUGUAGUCCCUUGUAAGGGAGAUGUUGGGACUCUCUCACCAAUAAAAAAUCUGGAAUUGCUUUCUUCCAAAAAUCUUAAGCAUGUAUGGAGGAAAGAUUCGGAACUUGGUCAUAUUCUCUCUAAUCUCCAAAAACUCAGAAUUUCGUAUUGUGGUGAUUUGAAAAAUAUUGGAGCCUCGUCAUUAUCUUUCCAAAAUCUCACAACUUUGGUGGUGUCAAAUUGCAAAAUGAUGACAAAUUUAGUUACACCCUUAGUAGUUAAGAAUCUGGUGCAAUUAACAACAAUGAGGGUAAACGACUGCACUGAAAUGACAGAAAUAGUGACAAAUGAGGGAGACUAUCAUCAGACAAUAGUUGUCAGGAAAUUGAAAUGUUUAGAAAUAAUCCAUCUACAAAGGCUCACAAGCUUUUGUCCAGGGAGUUACACCUUCAACUUCCCUUGUUUGGAAGAAGUAGUUGUGGAAAUGUGUCCUAGAUUGAAGAUCUUUUCUGACGGAGUUUUAAGCACCCCGCAAUUACAAAGAGUAAAACAAGGGCCUUACAAUCGAAAAGUGUAUUGGAAAGGGGACCUGAAUACCACCAUACAACAGUUGUACACAAAAAAGGGUGGAUUCAAUCGCCCAUUUGAUUUGAACAUCUCUGACACGUUUCCAAAGUUGAUAGAAAUAUGGAAAAGAAACCCUCAAGAAAUUUUGGAGUCGAAGAACCUUGGCAGAAUGGAGAUUUAUAAAUGUAGCAGCUUGAACUAUAUUUUUACCCCGUCUAUGCUUUUAAGCCUCAAGCAACUAGAAAGGAUAGAAGUAAAAGAAUGCAAUACAAUGGAACAAGUGAUCAGGGAAGACGAGGAGGGAGCAACCAUACAUAAUUUGAUAUUUCCUGAGCUCUCCUUUGUAAAAAUAGAGACGUGUUCCAACUUGACAAAUUUUUAUUUGGGAAGUCGACCUCUUGAAAUUCCAAAUUUGUGGAAUAUUACAAUAGUUGAGUGCCCAAAAAUGACGGCAUUUUCUUCUACAAUUUCAAGAAAGAGUGAAAAAGUGAUUGACGAGCAAGACGUGGAAGAUUAUACUGCCGUUUUAUUUUGUGACAAGGUUGUCAUUCCCCAUUUGGAGUACCUGAAGUUGUCCUCCAUUAACAUUAAUAAGAUAUGGCACCACCCAUCCUACUCACCAGAGAGGAAUCAGAUGUUCUCUACACUGCGGUCCCUGUGUCUGGAAGACCUUCCCAAACUCAAAGAUACCUGCUUUGAGAAUGUCUUUGAAUUCCCAUGGUUAAGAGAUUUAACACUAACAAAUUGUCCUCUGCUGAGAACAUUCAUCUCUAAAUCUGUAUGUGGAGAUGAACCUCAAAUUCACCAACCUACACAAACAAAUGACUCUGCUGUCCUCAAUCAAAAGGUUGUUUUCCCUCGUUUGGAGAAGUUGCUGAUUCAGGGCUGUGAUUCGUUAGAAGAAAUAAUUGAGCUGCAAGCACUCAAUGCCAAUGAAGCACAGUCAACAUCAGCUACUCGGUCUACUAUGGCAGAAACAGUGAUGACCAAGUUUGUAUUUCCCCAUCUAACGCACCUUGGACUGGAUAAGGUGCCGAGUUUGAAAAGUUUCUACUCUAGGAUGCAUACCACCCAAUGGCCAUCAUUGAAAUUUAUGAAGGUUGUUGAAUGCCCCAAAGCACAGAUAUUUGGUGAGGUUGAAAUCCCAAACCAACAACCCUUGUUUUGCGUCAAUGAGGACACUUUCCCUGUUUUACAAGAAUUGACACUGAAGACGAAUGAUAUGAUAAAGGGGAUAUGUGAUGGACAACUCUCAUUGCAGUGUUUCCCAAACCUCAAACUUCUUAACCUCCAAUUCUUUCCUGAGACAUCCACUACUCUUCCAUAUUCCUUCAUUCAGUCACUACCAAAGCUUGAGAAGCUUGUUAUAAACAAUGCCUCCAUUUCUGAAAUAGUCCGGUUUGAAGGACUCAUCAACGAGGAAAGGCACACAUCGGCAUGCUAUCAGUUAGAGGCCUUAAGGUUGUCUCAACUUCCAGAGCUAACAUUAAAGACUUUAGAGCCAUUUUUGUUGUCUUUCAAAAAUCUAUUAAGUAUGGAAGUUUCAAGAUGCCAUGGAUUCAUCAAUCUAAUGGCAUGCUCGACAGCUAAGAGCCUGACACUACUAGAAAGAUUGAGCAUAGCUGAUUCUGCGUUGGUGGAAGAAAUCAUAUCAUGUGAAGGUGAAGACUUACAGGCCAGAAUUGUUUUUCCCAAGCUGAAGUAUUUGCAACUAAGUCAUCUGCCAAGUCUAGCAAGCUUUUCAUUGGCGCAUCACUCGUUGGAGUUCCCAGUCUUGCAAAUGGUGAUAGUGACAGACUGCCCAAAAAUGAAGAAUUUCUCUCAAGGGGAGUUAAGCACACCAAGGCUGGAACAUAUGCACUUAACAAGAGAUGAGGAUGGUGAACUGCAGUGGGAAGGCGACCUUAGCACCACCAUAAAGCAUAUGUUCGAUCAAAUGAAUAUGCAAAGUUCUCAAGCCAUCGAGGUAACUGAUCAGUUGCUCCAACUGGAAUAAGGAAAGAUGUUCCGGUGCUUGUGAGACAAGCUCAGUUUCAUUUCAAUUCAAGCCAAAUGGUUGAGUUGCUCUAUUGGAGUAUGGGGGCUACCCUCUCCUUUAUUCAGUUUUUGCAAAUCCACUAUUGAACUGUUGCAUUUCACAUCAUGCUUGGCACUGGGAAUUACAAACAUGUAAACUUUUAGUAGUAAGGAUGGAUUUCAGCCACGUUAUACAUUUUGCUGGUAUUUUUGUAUCAGCUUGGGGGUUUAGACCAUGUAAUUACGAUUGCUACUCAUUUUGUGUGUGCUUGUUUCAUCUUUUUUGUUCUCUCUAUAAAGAAUAUAAUGUACUUAUUCCAGUAUUUUAAUGAAAAGUUGAAGCUAAUAUCUCCUUUAA